AUGGAGCAUACGCACCCCCCCGAGGUCAAUAUCACCACCCUCAACUGCUGGGGCCUCAAGUUCAACAUCUCCAAGCUCCGCCAGCCUCGCCUGCAAGAGAUCGGCCGUCAGAUCGCGCAUGCCUCACCCGCACCAGACAUCCUCUGCCUGCAGGAGGUAUGGGCUCACGCCGACUACCUCGCCAUCCGCCGCGAGACCGCCGCCAUACUGCCCCAUGGCAAGUUCUACUAUAGCGGUGCCUUCGGCGGCGGCCUGGCCAUCCUGUCGCGGUGGCCCAUCGAGGAGUCCACCAUGGUGCCCUACGCCCUCAACGGCCGGCCCACCGCCUUCUGGCGCGGCGACUGGUACGUCGGCAAGGGCGUCGCCUGCGCGCGCCUGCGCUACGGGCCCGGCGACCGGGAUGUCGUCGAGGUCUUCAACACCCACACCCACGCCCCCUACGGCGAGUCGUACCGCGUCCACCGCGAGGCCCAGGCCUGGCAGAUCGCCAAGCUGCUGCGCGGUGCCGCCGAGCGCGGCCACCUCGUGAUCGCCGCCGGGGACUUCAACAUGACGCCACUAUCAACAUACCAUCGCAUCAUCACAGGUACUGCACCCGUGCGGGAUGUAUGGCGCGUCCUGUAUCCCGACUCCAGCCUGGGCUGCGCGGACGACGACAUCGAGAAGGCGAGGGGGAGGAAUAUGCCCACCGCGGAAUUCAACCUUGUCGAGAACGGGGUCACGUCCAAUAGCGUCUUCAACACGUGGCGGUGGCCGCCGUCAGAGCAGAAGAAGCUCGGGGCGGGGAGGCCCAUCAUCGGCGUCGACCCGGGGCGCGCGGACCCGCGCGGGAAGCGGCUCGACUACGUGUUCGCGAGCACGGGGCCGCGGGAGCUCGAGGACGGCGUGGGCGGUUGGGUGGUCAAGGACGCGCGCGUGGGCAUGACGGCGCGCCACCCGGAGCUGGGCUGCAGCCUGUCGGACCACUUCUCGGUCGAGGCGACGCUGGCCUUCCACACGGCGCCGCGCGACGCCGCCACCGAGGCCAGCCUCAAGUGGCCGCUGCCGCCAGGCGUCACCUCUUCACUUUCUGCCUUCCGCGCCUCGACCCUGUUCCCCCGGCGGUCACACGACACCAAGGACGCUGACCACCCGGACGCCUCCUCCUCCCUGCCGCCCGCCCGCGCCGACAGCGGCGGCGGCGGCAGCAGCAGUCCCGCCAACGGCGCCUUCCUCCAGCUGCAGACCCCGACGCCCUCAUCAACACGGACAUCCUUCAUCCAGCGGCCCCGGUCCCGCAGCCCGUCAGCAGUCGCUGCGGACCACGACGCCCAGCUGCUCUCCUCCCUCCGGCCCUCGCCGGGCGGCGGCGACCCGUCAUUCACAUCCCUGUCCCCCUUUGGCCGGCCCGAGGACUUCGACGCCCUCCUCGCCAGCAUGGAGGCCUACCAGGCCCGCGAGGCCGAUCAGGCCUUCCACCGCGCACUGCACUUCGGCUCCUGGGUGCUCAUCACCAUCGCCUGCUACGUCGCCGUGUGGUUCGUCCCCGCCCACCACGGCGGCGGCCUGUCACGGUCCCAGAACCACGCCAUUAACUUCGUGCUCCUGCUCUUGAGCAGCCUCGGCCUCGUGGCGGGCUGUGUCGACGGGCUGAUGGCCUUGUUGUUCUUCAGAGGCAGCGAACAGCGUGCACUCAAGGAGUACGAGUGGGAGCUGAGGAAUGCCAGGGCGCUGGCUGCCGGUGAGGGUCACGGGGUUGUUGAGGAGGUCAGAGGGCUGAAGUCAUGA